AUGCGUAAGCAGGGGCGCUGAUGCUGCUGCUCCCACACAGCUCUGGCACCGCUGUGGGGCACUGGAUCCUGCACCAGGAUGGGGACCCUGGGGAAGGGGUGGAUGUCUCACGGGCUCCUGCUCUGCUGUGCCUUCUGGGGACUCCACGUGGCCUCUCAGGACUACGAUGAUUACUCUCAGAACAGCACCAGCGACCAGGACAAGCCUCCAGAGAUCACCCCGUGCCCCCGAGCCAUCCCCGGGGACAAGGCCACGGUGAACAACAUCACGUACCUGCUGAUCCCCGAGGCCACGCGCGCCCAGCUGGGCAGCGCCCUCACCGUGCGCCUCAUCCCCGCCCUCUACACCCUCGUGUUCCUCGUGGGGCUGCCCUCCAACGGGCUGGCCCUGUGCGUGCUGGCCGGCCGUGGGGAGCGGCUGGCCCCCACCGUGUUCCUGAUGAACCUGGCCGCCGCGGACCUGCUGCUGGCGCUGGCGCUGCCCUUCAAGAUCUCCUACUACCUGCUGGGCAACCACUGGCCCUUCGGGGAGGGGCUGUGCCGGCUCGGCACGGCGCUGUUCUACGGCAACAUGUACUGCUCGGUGCUGCUGCUCACCUGCAUCAGCGUGGACCGCUACCUGGCCGUGGUGCACCCCUUCUCCUCGCGUGCUUUCCGCACCCCCGCGCUGGCCGCCCGCACCUGCGCGGGUGUUUGGCUCUGCUCGGCCGCGCUCACCCUGCCCCUGGCGCUGCAGCGCCAAUCCUACCCCCUGCUCGGCGCCGGCAUCACCCUUUGCCACGACGUGCUGCCCCGCCGCGAGGACGACGGGUAUUAUUUCUACUACUUCGUGUGCCUGAUCGCCUGCGCCUUCCUCCUGCCGCUGCUGCUGGUGCUGUUCAGCUCCUGCUCCGUGCUGCGCGUCCUGCUGCGCGCCGGCCAGCGCUACUCGCACCCCGCCAAGCUCACGGCCCUCGUGGUGCUCACCCUCGUGGGUUUCUACGCCCCCAGCAACCUCCUGCUGCUGGCUCACUACUCCAGCUACUGCUCCGGCCUCCACGGGCAGCUCUACGUCAGCUACAUGGUGAGCCUGGCCGUCAGCACCUGCAACAGCUGCGCCGACCCCUUCGUCUACUACUACGUGUCGGAAGAGUUCAGGGAUGAGGUGAGGGAAAGGCUCUUCGGGGGCAGCAAGCAAAGCAGCGCUUCCCUGAAGACCUCCAAGUUCUCCCAGGAGACGCCCCCCCGUUCCAAGAGCUCGCUGGUGUGA